GAAGUGCGUACCUGUAAUUUAUACUCCUGAUUUAAUUGGCCCUGACACUGCUGAUGCAGUGUCAAACCAGCUUGAGAUACCCAAUGAUGUAGCAGCUACCAGGGAACGCCCGACUGUGCCUCAAACCUGGGCACUGCCACUCUGGCGAGGCUCAGGAUCCUAGGUUGUUUCUUGCCAACAUCAUGCCCGACGCCGCGAACAGUUUCCCCAAAGUGGUCCUUGAUCUCAUUUUACUGAAUGUCAGCAACUCGAUAUGGCAACAGGGAACAAACUGUCCUCUAUGCGAGACCCCAACCGUGACCUCCAGAGAUCGCGGCCAAGCACGCUCACGAACGGGUAUCGAGCUCCAUCCCUGACACCAGCGCCUUCCAUCCUAGCCAAGCGAACGAUAUCAGAAGAUUGCACCCAGGGGCCUGAGUCCGAGCGACCCCGGAAAUACCACUGCCUCCAGAAAGAAGCUGAACGGCGCGCCAUACCGCGUCUGGACCAUCUGAAGAAACCGGCUGUUUGUUUGUCCACGGGUCGAAGUUCGGACAGGCCUUUUAAUGAACGCCCACAGCUUCCACCUAUGCGGGAACAGCCAAACCCACCAAACAAGCAUCCCAAAUUCAAUAGCAAUCAAUUUACGCUACCGGCGCUUCAAGACCCUGGAAGCUUCACGCCUUCGUCACAAGGAAACGUGGCAACUGCUCCGACAGGUACAUUCAAAUGCUCACAUCCUGGAUGUCCAGCAGCGCCCUUCCAAACGCAGUAUCUACUAAAUUCACAUGCGAAUGUCCACUUGCAAGAUAGACCUCACUUCUGCCCAAUUGAUGGCUGUCCACGUGGUCCUUGGGGGAAGGGGUUCAAACGGAAGAAUGAGAUGAUUCGCCACGUGCUUGUCCAUAACUCCUAGUGAAAGGACAGGCCAUGAAGAUGCCAUAUCCCCGUGGUAUCGUGCACUCAUGCAUCCUUCGCCGGACACCGAAGAGGGGAAGGAGACUCUAAAACACUCAUUUGGGAACACUAGAUGGCCGACACAAGCGGGGGGCAGCCAAGGAGCGCAAGGGAAGGACAGAGUGUAUAAAUGCGUUCUUUGUCCGGAACGCCCGUGGAUGAAAAAUAAAGCAUCAUCAAGAAGACACGUCGAGUAUCAG